AUGUCAUAUAUCAACUCUGACCACGCCUACCUGGUUGCGCUCGCCAACAACGACAUGGCGUACAAAGCCAGCUCAACCUACGACUUGGGCAAGUUCCUUGAACUCAUCAGCAACGACAACGACGACCUAUCGCAGGUCAAACAGGUCAUAUUCGACCCCUUCCUCGACAGCGAGGAAAACUCGGGAGUGAUGCUGUUCCUGAACGACUACAAGAUCAAGAUCCUCGCCAAGACAGCAGGCACUGACAUUAGACAGGGUCUUCCUACCCGACGUCCUACCAUGGACGUGCUCUACAAGGUAGCGGAGGACUAUGCUCUAGGACACUUCACCAAGCAUGAUCCCCUGCGCUUCCAGGUCUAUCUUGACCUCCUCGCUGCCCUCCUCGCUGCCCUCCUCGCUGCGGGACUGCCGGGUCUCAAGGAAGUAGUGUUGCCUAAGGUUUGGGCUCACGAGGAUUACGACCUUUCGCUCUUCGAGAAGAAAUGGCUGGUGACCUUGAGUGAGUAG